AUCAGACGGACACAGUAUGUGUCACCCCCACUUACUGCCUGUUUGUUUGUGAAUCCAGAGGGGUCCUACCCCAAACCCUCCAUCGCUGUCAGCCCCGGUGGGGUGAUCCCCGUGGGGGGAAACGUCACCAUCCGGUGUCGGCAUCAGCGCUUGGGCAUGAGGAUCCUCCUCUACAAGGCUGGAGAUGGGAACUAUCUGACUUACACAGACCCUGCUGGCUCUGAGGCUGAAUUUCCCAUCACCAGCGCCAGACGGGAACACGGUGGCAGCUACACCUGUCGCUAUAGCAACAGAACAGUACGAGUUGCCUACUCGGAGCCCAGCGACCCUGUGCAGAUCAUUGUAGCAGAUCCCAGCUUACCCAGACCCUCCAUCUCUCUGAGGGUCACUGGGGUCACCGCCCCAGGGGCAGACGCCAUCAUCUGGUGUCAGGGGCCGCGCCAGGACGUGAGGUUCUUCCUGCACAAGGCUGGAGACCUGAACCCGCAGCGACAGAUGGACUCUGCUGGGGACGGGGCCGAGUUCCUCAUCCCCACCGUGGGCCGGCAGCACGGAGGGAACUACAGCUGCAGCUACCGGAACCGAUCACACCCCUUCAUCUCCUCGCAGCCCAGUCACCCUGUGCAGCUGGUGGUAGCAGAGCUCAGCUACCCCAAACCCAACAUCUCUCUGCACCCCAGCAAGCGGGUCGCCCUGGGGGGAGCUGUGACCAUCCGGUGUGAGUGUCGGUGUGCGGGAGCGAGGGUCCUUCUGAGUAAAGCUGGAGACCCGGACGCAUGGCGCUUGAUGGACCCCACGGGGAAUGUGGCUGAGUUUCCCAUCCGCAAUGUGAAUCGGGGAGAUGCAGGGAACUACAGCUGCCAAUAUAGCACCAAAUCUGACCUGUCUGUCUGGUUGGAGCCCAGCGACCCCGUGGAGUUGGUGGUAACAGAGGGAACCGACCCAACUGGGACCCAGCAGACGGAUCUGCCCCCAACGGAUCUGCCCCCGACGGAGUUAGCGGGAGAAGCUGCCCCCCCAGGGCACCCAGAUUUCAACCACGCCAACAUCACCCGCCUGGCGCUGGGCGCCGUGGUCCUGCUUGUCCUGGGGCUGAUCCUGGCUGAGGCCUAUUACAGCCGCCCAAGGGGGACCCCUAGGCUGCUGGCUGGCCAGGCGGAGCGGGGUGUCGGGAGCUGGACGCGGUUUGUGUCACCCCCACUUACUGCCUGUUUGUUUGUGAAUCCAGAGGGGUCCCUCCCCAAACCCUCCAUCUCCGUCAGCCCCGGUGGGGUGAUCCCCGUGGGGGGAAAUGUCACCAUCUGGUGUUGGCAUCAGCUCCUGGACAUGAGGAUCCAACUCUACAAGGCUGGAGACGGGAACUCGCUGAAUUACACAGACCCUGCUGGCUCUGAGGCUGAAUUUCCCAUCACCAGCGCCAGACGGGAACAUGGUGGCAGCUACACCUGUCGUUAUAGCAACAGAACAGACCCAGCUGCCUACUCGGAGCCCAGCGACCCUGUGCAGAUCAUUGUAGCAGAUCCCAGCUUACCCAGACCCUCCAUCUCGCUGAGCUUCACUUCGGUCACCGCCCCAGGGGCAGACGCCACCAUCCGGUGUCAGGGGCAGCGCCGGGACGUGAGGUUCUUCCUGCACAAGGCUGGAGACCUGAACUUGCAGCGACAGAUGGACCCUGCUGGGGACGGGGCCGAGUUCCUCAUCCCCACCGUGGGCCGGCAGCAUGGAGGGAGCUACAGCUGCAGCUACCGGCCCCGAUCAGAGCCCUUCGUCUCCUCGCAGCAGAGUGACCCCUUGCAGCUGGUGGUAGCAGAGCCCAGCUACCCCAAGCCCUCCAUCUCCCUGCACCCCAGCGGCAGGGUCGCCCUGGGGGGAACUGUGACUGUCCAGUGUCGGGGUCGGCACCAGAACAUGAGGUUCCUUCUGUACAAAGAUGGAAACCCGAACGUGCUGCAGGACGUGGAGCCGGCUGGGGACCUGGCUGAGUUUCCCAUUCGCAACGUGAGCUGGAGAGACGCCGGGAGCUACAGCUGCUAUUAUCACGACAAAUGGUACCUGUUCAUCUGGUCGCGUCCCAGUGAUUCCGUAGAGCUGGUGGUAGCAGAGCCCAAACCCAACAUCUCCCUGCACCCCAGUGGGCGGGUUGCCCUGAGGGGAGCCAUGACCAUCCGGUGUGAGUGUCGGUGUCGGGGAGCGAGGGUCCUUCUGAGUAAAGCUGGAGACCCGAACGCACGGCGCGCGAUGGAUUCCGCUGGGGACGUGGUUGAGUUUCCCAUCCGCAGAGUGAGCCAGGGAGACGCAGGGAACUACAGCUGCCAAUACAGCACCAAGUGGGACCCGCCCGUCUGGUCGGAGCCCAGCGACCCCGUGGAGUUGGUGCUCCGAGCACACGGGGGAGUUGGCCCACGACAGGGGCUCCUGGUAAUUACUACUAGUCAGUAA